AGGAAUAAUUAAUAAUUACAAACCAUCGUAAAAUAUAACUCAACAAAAUUAACAAAUGAAGUAAUGAAUAAUUUUUUAAAUAAUUUGGAUAUACUUUAAAGAGAAUACAAUUGUGUCUUUUCUCAAAUUAAUAUCUGUACGUUUUAUCAUCUUAACUGUUAUUUGCGAACGCUUUCUAAGAUUUAUGUGUACAUUCUCUGUCUUUCUUGUUAUUCCGUAGUGUAACGGGAAUUUUUCAAGACCAUUCCAGUCACGGUGCAGCUAUGAGAUGAGGUAAGUUGAAAUUUAACUUUGUUUUCUCUGUAAUCCAACAAUUAUUCGUUGAAUGUUAUAUGGAAAUUUUGUAUGAGAUUGGGCCAUACGCAUAUAAUACGAAUAUAUAUGAAAGUAAAGAUACGCGAUAAAAAUAAUAUGUAUAUAGUGGCGGGAGUUUAUAAGUAAAUAGCAGAUCAGCUGAUGAGUGACAACAGACGAAAGCGUAUCGUUCUUGGUCUUGGUUAUGGCGACAAGCAGUUCUGAUGGGUCUUGUACAGCACCUGCAGAUUUUCAGCUUUCGUCAGAGUUGGAAGAUGGUCCAAGUCGUAUAAGUGUGAAUUUAUUAAAGUGCCCAUUGUGCCAUAAUAAUCGUCGAAUUUUUUAUUGUCGCCAGUGCAUCCAAAAUGGAGAUUUUGUCUAUUCAACUUCUGUUUAUUGCGAACGAUUUGCAGAUAAACAACUGCGACUUUUACGGUUGAAAGCUGCCAGAACUGAAUUAGAAGAAAAAUGCAUUAAAGCACUUGAAAAACAUAAACAAAAAGAUAAAUUGGUAAUCAACGUUUAAAUGUUCUCAAAGAUGUAAACUCCCAAUUAGCUUUGAGAUUACCUAGACAUGAAGAACGAGUAGAAAAAUUACAUAAAUACGUUACUGGUUUGAAAGCAAAACAAGAAAAACAAAAAGAAACUGUAGACAGGAAAAGACAGCAGUUAAAAAAAGUUAUUAGGACUGCUGCAAAACAAUUAAUUAAAUAUAUUUUCCCCAUAUCAGAACUACAACCUAAUAGAAGUUUAUGUAGUAGUGAGGAAGACACUAGUUCAGAUGUAACUUGUGCACUAGCAGAUGCAUCUGGAACUUCAUAUGUUAGAGGUAGAUGGAUUAAUGACACCGAAAAUGCUCUAGAAGUUCAGCAUCGCAUAGUUGCCCCAACUCUACCAGGAAAUGGAGAUUAUAGUGCUUAUUCUCUAUGGGUGGCAGCAAAUAAAGAUGGAGUGCCAGGUGCAAAUAAAGAGACUGCAAUGCACAAUCCAGCAUAUAAUAUCAGUGCUGCUUUAACUUAUGCUACACAGUUGGUUAAUAUUAUUGCUUAUUAUGUUAAUGUAAGACUACCAUAUAAGCUUGCUUAUGGUGAAUUUUGCUCUAGUGAAUUGACAGAUCAAAAAUUUGCCAAAAAAGUAGCAAGGCUAAACAGUAAUGUGCUACAUUUAUGUUUUACACAAAAUACCAACAUUACAGUUUUGCAUCCAAUGCAUACUCUACAAAAUUUAAUGCAUUUGCUAAAUACUGAAAUUAGUGAUCUUGGAAGAAUUGGUCCAAUGGAAGUUGAGUCAAAUAUAGUAGCACAAUUACACAGUCAAUUAGUUCCUGAUUUAGAAAAUAGUGAUGAUUCUGCAUCUGAUGAAGAAGAAGAUGCAUUUAACUGGGAUUGGGAAGCUGUACCAAAUGUUGCUUGUCCCGAAAUGAUAGUCCCAAUUCCUGGUGCAAUGGUUAGUCAACAAUCAUCUAGCAUGCAGGUGAAUCAAAGUGUUGCUGGAGGUUUAGUUACAAGUGCUGCAGCUAGUAUAGCCUCUAUUUGGCGUGGUUGGACUACAAAUAAAUAGACUGUUCUAUUUAAUUAACAAAUCUCUUUUUAUACAAAUUACGACUACAUAUGAAAAAACAUGUAACAAAAGACACGAAAUACUGAAUUGACGGAUGAGAACUUAAAGAAAAUAAAACAUACUGUAAAUGUAUGUAUAAAUUUAUUAUUUAAUAUAUGAUUUUAUAAAUUUUUUUUAUCACGGAAUUAAAUUAUUUAAUGUGUCAUAAAUGAAGUAAUAGAUUCAUAGAUGUAUUUACAGUACAUUAUACUUUUAGAUACUUAGAUUCGUGAAAUCAAUAUUAUGUCUCUCGUUACGUAUGUUUUGAUAAGUAAGUGACAAUUUUAUUCAAUUUUAAUAUUAAUUACGUAUAUGUAUAUAUAUGAGUAUAAAGAAAUUAUGAAAUUCAUUUUUCUUCUAUAUAAUUGUAAUAAUUCUUUUUUACAAAAUAUAAAAAAAGUAGAAUUAAUUCUCUUAUAAUUGUUAAAUCUAAAAUACAAUAUAAUGUAAAAUUAUCUAUUAUGCGAACAAGUAAAAUU